UUCCACUCCCGUUAUUUUAUUGUUUUUUUUCUCUUUUGAACUUAUUUUUUUGGGGGGAGGAGGGUUGCUCUGGGCAUCGCUCUGCCCAGUAGUUGGAAAGGGCACUGGACUCGGGAUGGUUCGCCUGUCACUUUGGUUGAUAGCAGCCGCUCUGGUAGAGGUUAGGACUUCGACUGAUGGACAAGCUGGUCCUGAAGAAAUGGUGCGCAUAGAUUUACCAAUAAAGAGACAUAGAGAGUAUGAGCUGGUGACUCCAGUCAGCACAAACCUAGAAGGACACUAUCUCUCCCAUAUUCUUUCUGCAAAUCACAAAAAGAGGUCAACGAGGGAUGUAUCUUCCAACCCUGAGCAAUUGUUCUUUAACAUCACAGCAUUUGGAAGAGAUUUUCAUCUGCGACUGAAGCCCAACACUCAGCUGAUAGCUCCUGGAGCUCUUGUGGAAUGGCAUGAGGCAUCUCUGGUGCCAGGGAAUACAUCUGACCCCACUCAUGACCACCAAGCAGGGAGUGCUUCAGAAAGAAUCUGGAAAACAGAACCCUUGCAGACUAACUGUGCUUAUGUUGGUGAUAUCAUGGACAUUCCAGGAACCUCUGUUGCCAUUAGCAACUGUGAUGGUCUGGCUGGAAUGAUCAAAAGUGAUAAUGAGGAGUAUUUCAUUGAACCCUUGGAAAGAGGUAAGCAGAUGGAGGAAGAGAAAGGAAGAAUUCACGUCGUCUACAAGCGAUCAGCUGUAGAACGCGCUCCCGUGGACAGGUCUGCCGACUUCCAAUACAGAGAGUCCGAUGUGGAAGGCCUGGAUGAUCUAGGUACAAUCUACAGCACCAUUGACCAACAGCUCAAUGAAACAAUGAGGCGCCGCAGGCACGCGGGAGAAAGCGAUUACAACAUCGAGGUGCUGCUGGGAGUGGAUGACUCUGUGGUCCGUUUCCAUGGCAAAGAACACGUCCAAAACUACCUCCUCACCCUGAUGAACAUUGUAAAUGAAAUUUACCAUGAUGAAUCUCUCGGAGUGCAUAUAAAUGUGGUCCUGGUACGCAUGAUAAUGCUGGGCUAUGCAAAGUCCAUCAGCCUUAUUGAAAGGGGAAACCCAUCCAGGAGCUUGGAGAACGUGUGUCGCUGGGCCUGCCAACAGCAAAAAUCUGAUCCCAGCCACUCUGAACACCACGAUCAUGCAAUUUUCUUAACUAGACAGGAUUUUGGGCCAGCCGGAAUGCAAGGCUAUGCUCCGGUCACAGGCAUGUGUCAUCCAGUGAGAAGCUGUACUCUAAAUCAUGAGGAUGGCUUUUCAUCUGCCUUUGUCGUUGCCCAUGAAACUGGCCAUGUGUUGGGCAUGGAGCACGACGGCCAAGGCAACAGGUGUGGGGAUGAGACCGCGAUGGGCAGUGUCAUGGCUCCAUUGGUGCAAGCGGCCUUUCAUCGUUACCACUGGUCCCGAUGCAGUGGUCAAGAACUGAAAAGAUACAUCCAUUCCUAUGACUGUCUCCUUGAUGACCCUUUUGAGCAUGAUUGGCCCAAGCUUCCAGAACUUCCCGGAAUCAAUUAUUCUAUGGAUGAGCAAUGCCGUUUUGAUUUUGGUGUCGGUUAUAAAAUGUGCACAGCGUUCCGAACAUUUGACCCAUGUAAACAGCUGUGGUGUAGCCAUCCGGAUAACCCUUAUUUCUGUAAGACUAAAAAGGGACCCCCGCUUGAUGGAACAGAAUGUUCUGCUGGAAAAUGGUGCUAUAAGGGUCACUGCAUGUGGAAGAAUGCCAAUCAACAAAAACAAGACGGUAACUGGGGCUCGUGGACCAAAUUUGGCUCCUGCUCCCGCACGUGUGGAACUGGAGCUCGUUUUAGAACACGCCAGUGCAAUAAUCCCAUGCCCAUCAAUGGCGGCCAAGAUUGUCCUGGUGUUAAUUUUGAGUACCAGCUUUGUAACACAGAAGAAUGCCAGAAACACUUCGAGGACUUCAGAGCCCAGCAGUGCCAGCAGCGAAACUCUCACUUUGAAUUCCAGAAUAGCAGGCACCACUGGUUGCCCUACGAGCACCCCGAUGCCAAGAAAAGAUGCCACCUUUACUGUCAAUCCAGAGAGACUGGCGAUGUCGCUUAUAUGAAACAGCUGGUGCACGAUGGGACACGCUGUUCCUACAAAGACCCGUACAGCAUCUGUGUGCGAGGGGAGUGCGUGAAAGUGGGCUGCGAUAAAGAAAUCGGCUCCAACAAGGUUGAGGAUAAGUGUGGUGUCUGUGGAGGCGACAACUCCCACUGCCGGACUGUGAAGGGCACCUUCACCAGGACCCCCAGGAAGCUUGGGUACCUUAAGAUGUUUGAUAUACCCCCCGGGGCUAGACAUGUGCUAAUCCAAGAAGACGAGGCUUCUCCUCAUGUUCUUGCUAUUAAGAACCAGGCUACCGGCCAUUACAUCCUCAAUGGCAAAGGGGAGGAGGCCAAGACCCGGACCUUCAUCGACCUUGGUGUGGAGUGGGAGUACAACAUUGAGGGCGACAUUGAGACGCUUCACACCGACGGGCCCUUGCACGACCCUGUGAUCGUCCUGAUUAUUCCUCAGGAGAAUGAUACUCGCUCAAGCCUCACCUAUAAAUACAUCAUCCACGAAGACUCUGUGCCUACAAUCAACAGCAACAAUGUCAUCCAGGAAGAACUAGACACUUUCGAGUGGGCUUUGAAGAGCUGGUCUCAGUGUUCCAAACCCUGCGGCGGAGGUUUUCAGUACACUAAAUACGGAUGCCGCAGGAAAAGUGAUAAUAAAAUGGUUCAUCGAAGUUUCUGUGAAGCCAACAAGAAACCGAAACCUAUUAGACGUAUCUGCAACAUCCAAGAAUGCACACAUCCACUCUGGGUAGCAGAGGCGUGGGAACACUGCACCAAAACCUGCGGGAGUUCGGGCUAUCAGCUCCGCACCGUGCGCUGCCUGCAGCCACUCCAGGAUGGCACCAACCGCUCGGUGCACAGCAAGUUCUGUGUAGGGGAACGUCCCGAGAGCCGCCGGCCCUGUAACAGAGUGCCAUGUCCGGCCCAGUGGAAGACGGGGCCGUGGAAUGAGUGCUCAGUGACCUGCGGGGAAGGGACGGAGGUGCGACAGGUCAUCUGCAGGGCCGCGGACCACUGUGACGGUGCCAAGCCCGAGUCGGUGAGACCCUGCCAGCUGCCCCCCUGUAACGAUGAGCCAUGCUUGGGAGACAAGUCCAUCUUCUGUCAAAUGGAGGUUCUGGCUCGGUACUGCUCCAUACCCGGUUACAACAAGCUAUGCUGUGAGUCGUGUAGCAAGCGUAGCAGCACCCUGCCCCCACCGUACCUUGUGGAAGCUGCAGAAACUGGAGAGGAUACUAUCUUGAGUCCUAGUGACCUCCCUCCAUCUCUAGUGAUGCCCACAUCUUUGGUUCCUUACUAUUCCGAGAAGAGGUCUUUGACUAGCUCCUCUUUCGUGGGUGGUCCAAACAUCUAUGCUGCUUUCAGGCCAAGCAGGAAACCUGACAGUGCUCGCUCACCCCAGAAGAGAGCUCAGGCAGCAGGAAGAGAGGUGCUGAGGCUGGGUGCAGGGCCAUCCUCUUCUCCCACCCCCAGCGGCCCCCUCACUUCCGCCUCACAGUUGGCUGCUGCUCCUCUCAUCAGAGUCAGUAAUUCAAUAGGUGCUUCAUCUCAGUCAAGAACCUCAAAGAAAGAGGAAAAGAUGGUGAAUAAGAGACAUCCCGUAAAGCCUACCAACUUAGAAAGAUGAGAAAGGAAAGCUGAAAGGCCUGAAGCCAGAGGGAACGUUGGACCACCUCCCUCUCCCCAUGGUGCAUACAGCUUGCCGAGUGUGAAGUCUCCAUCAGCCAUCAACUCAGUUCAUCUCCAAAUGGAAGAACAAAAGUGCUGCUUCACUUUGGAGCCACUUUCAUCCUCCUCAUGUUCUGCCUUGUUUACCAGGAGUCCUUGGAAGAAAGCACCAAAGAUUAUCCACAGAAGGAAAGUUGUGAAGUAUGUUGGUCAUUCUCUAGAGCAGAAAAGGGACCCAAAUCAUUUGUGCAUACCAACUGAUUUUCUGUUUGAAAAAAAGGUUACGGUGAAAAUAAACAGAUGCCAUGGUUUACACUUUAACCAGAAAUUUUGGAAAUGGAGCAAAGAAUUCUUAGACUUGUAUUCCUAUUUAUCUAUAUUAGAAAUAUUGUAUGGGCAAAUUUGCAGCUAUUGUGUAAAUACUGUAUAUUGCAGAAAUCAGUAUUAUUUUAAGAGAUGUGUUCUCAAAUGAUUGUUUACUAUGUUACAUUUCUGGAUGUUCUAGGUGCCUGUCAUUGAGUAUUGCCUUAUUUGACAUUCCAUAGUUUGAUUUUCAAAGCAGAAUGUUAUGAAAAAGUUAGAAUUAUAGUUACUUAUAAUACAAAGGAGUUCAUUGUAUGGUUUCGUUGAAUCAACAAUAUGAUACUUAAAUUAUAGUGUUUUUAAAGCUUCAGCUAUAAAGCUAUCAGCUUAUCUAUUUUCUAUCUUUAUUAUUAAAAGGGAUAAAGUUGGCAUCUUGGUGCGCUAUUGGCAACAGGGAACAGUUAAGGAACCGGUUCAAGAAAAUAGAUGCCGUUGAGGUAUUCGUAUGCUCUUAUGGUGUUCUGUUGUUUCCCCUUUGUUGGCAAAUACAGAGUUUCACUCCAUGUACUGUAAUAAUAGAUGUUUUGGGGUUAAUUUGUAAGUUGAUGACUUAGAAAAAAAAUCAUUGAACUAGAAUUGACACUCGAACUUAUUGGUGCUCUGGAAGCAGUUUCCAGCAAGCAUUUGUCAGUGGUUAGGAUAUUUAUUUUCUGCAUGGUUCAUAUCCACAUGUUCAAAACCACAGUGCAUCUGACUGCAAUCAUAUGCUCGUAAUUUAUGUCAGUGAUUACCUAGCUCACACUGAAGCCAGGAAUGCUCCCAGCAGGGAGCAGAUGUAAAGUACUUGUAUAUAGAAUUCAGAACCUAAGAUAUUUAUUAAAAGUUGAAUUUCUUGACAGUAUUUUUGUGUGCUAAAUAUUUACACUAAUAUUGAUGCCCUAUUAUGGUAAACUAGAGAGACUUGUUCUGUUCAUGGAGGAGAAAUUGAAGGCAGGUACGAAAGCUAUCCCCAAGGCCUGAAACUGAACACAUCUGAGGCUACACAGUUUGAAAAAUAGUUAAUACGAAGUGGAUGACUCGUCCCCCUUCACGGAAAUAUGAACUUCUGUUUAAUAAAAUAGUAAAUUAGAAAUAUUUUUGAAGCACAGAAAAGAGGUAAAUAUUAUCAAGAUGGUGCUUUUGCAGUCAGUACCUGAACUGUCAAAAAUUAUUAUACUGGGGAGUCAGAUAUAAAUCUUUUCAAAGCACAGAAUGCAGAAGGACCUUUGUCUUGCUGCCAUUUUAAGCGAUCAGCCGAAGCCAUUGAUUAUACCUCUGAAGAAUCGCUGCUACUUUCUGCAAGAAUUUUGAAGGUCAAACAAAUGAGGCAAAUUCAAGGCAGUAAAAACAAUUGCAGAGCCUUAAGUACAGGUUCUUUGUAGCCUACCAAUAUUCCUAGAAUGAAAUUCUCUCUAGUUUACAUGGGUGCGUAUUCCUCUGUUUGCAGGGAAGUGUCAAAAUGUCACACACAUACAACUCCCAUAAAGCUGUGCAUAUUCAUCAUAUUUCCAACCUUUGAGCUUUUCUGCUCAGCUAUAUAUUUCUUCCCGUGUUCACUACUGAUGCUGUUGUUGUAUUGGGAGCAUGUAGAAUAAAAUCAUUCACAAAUCUGGCUCAAUCUAGAUUUUAUCAUCAGAUUUGUCA